AUGUUCCGGGUGGCUCAUCGGCUGAACUGGCUCAUCGGCCGCACGGCCACGGUACCGGUACCGGUCCCGGUACCGGAAUCUCUCUCACCACCUGCCACGAUGUCUCGACGAAGCUCUCCCACUCGCACCAAGAACAACCUCGAUGCCCGCACCAAGCUUGAAGCCUACCGCAUCUACGUCGACACCGAACACGCGUAUCCCCAUGCCCUUGCGCACUUCAUCGACACCGUCAUCCGCCGCCCACGCGACCCUGCCGGACCCAUGUCGCCAAAUGCCAAAAACAUCGUUGACAAGCGCAGGAAGACGGCGACAUCCAACGAGCGUACUGCCAUCAGCGUACUGACGCCCUGGUUGCUGUUUGUGGGCGAAGCCGAUGGCGACGACCGAGGGACUCCCGUGCUACACAUCACAGCUAAACAAGAUAUCGGCCUCAACAAAUUCUUCACACCUGAAGCACCCAAUCCACUCGUCGCCAAAAUAUGGGGGAAGCUUUCAGCCGCGCAGCCGGACUCUUGCAUUGGAUAUGUCACAAGUCGCGACGCACGCAUUGCGGGGACCAAAGCCCUCUUCGACACCAACGAGGAAACUAUCCUCCACGAUUUCUCUCUCACGCAGUACAUGCAUUUUCCAUUCUUGACCGCCCAGUGGAAAGUACCAAACUCCAACGAGAACCUGCAUAGCGCUCAAAACCAAGCUGCCCGUGAUGGCGCCGCUAUCGUCAAUCAACUCUAUGACCUUUACGCCGUCGCUGAUUCAACUCCACCAUCAGUGGUCCGCACAUGCCACUUUUCAGUACAAAAUGAUCUCCAGCAUGGCGGCCUGUGGGUGCAUUGGCGCGAAGGGGACGAGCACUACAUGGAACUUGUAUUUGAUUUCUCCAUGCGCGACCAAACAGCUCUGGAGACUCUACGCAGCUUUCUGCACAACAUCCUAGACAACGCAUUAGGACCGCGCCUGGAGUCGCUCAAGGUCGUAUUGCCUAAGUUCCACGAAAACCAGAAGAAAGGUGAUUACCCUGUGGUUCAACCGGCUGCCGACGAGGGUGCGCCUUCCGAGUCUGCAGUGUCGCAAGGCUCAUCGCUCUCGAAUUUCCAGUACAACUUCAAAGUCCCAUUGACUCCAUCAACCACUUCGGAGCCCGAUAAAUCGCGGAAGCGCGCAAGGCACGGGAGCAUUACUUGA